UGCGGCAGUAUAUAAGUGCAAGACUUAACUGGCAUGUCAUUGCGAACAAAGUCUUGUGACGUCAUUUGUUAUUCAUCACCCAGGUCAUUUUUAACAAUUUGUCAGAAAGAGAGAAAACAAAGGUUGAUCUCCUUACAAUUUACAAAUCUUUAAGAUUCAAAAUGUGUUUGAUGAGAGCCUAAACAGCAUAGAGUUUUGUUAUUAAAUAAAAAUGCUUUGGUUGACCCCAAGAGGGAAAAUUCAGAUGUUAUAAACAGCACACAAUAUUAAGAUAUAAGAAUAAUGAAACGUAUGAAAUCCGCAGUCAAGUUGGUUGCACUUUAUGACAACAUGUAUUGUUAAAUGAGAGGAAAUGUAAUUUUUGCUUUUGUACUGAUGUACAUUUCAGUCUACAUUAGUACUUUCACCCAAGUCAAGGAAUUGAAUAAAUACAGAAUAUCUGACUGUGACGCUGAAGUGUGAGUACAAUCGCCACAUCCGUUUCAAAUGUACAGAUAUAUUUGACGGAAGGGGGUGGGGGCAUUUAGGAUUUUCGACAAUUCGGACAGAUACUAUUUUCGAAUGAAAGUCCUUUUUAAGAGCAAGAGUCCUUUUGGACGUUCCUGGAGGGAACUCGUGGGGUCGUCGCCCCCUGAUUGUGAGCCGUGCGCAUGCGCAACCCCUACAUGAAAAACAUCUUCACGGGCAUUUGGCGCUGACCUGGUGUUCCGAAUUAAAUACCGUCGACAGAUUCGGAGUAGCCGAACCAACCAAGCCCGCAAAUCUCGCUUCCGUGCAACUAACGACCGUAAAACAACACGCCCAGGUUGCAAGAUGGCAUCCGGAGGGAUGAUGCAGGCAGCGAUGCUCCUGCUGGCGGCCCAGCUCGUCCUGUGCCGCGGCGGUGCCGCAGAUGUGCACCGGGAGACAGGGACCGUCAUCCCCGCAGAAAGUCGCCCGUGCGUCGACUGCCACGCGUUUGAGUUCAUGCAGAGGGCCCUGCAGGAUCUCAAAAAGACCGCCGUCAACCUGGACGCCAGGACGGAGACGCUGGUGCUGAGAGCGGAGGGGAGGGCUCUUUGCGACUGCAUGCCCAGCUCGCUGCGCUGAAGCCUCGCCGCGGCGGAACGCCUCUUCCAAAAACAUCCCACUCGUGUACAGCGAUUCUAAACUCCCAAAACACAGCGGACACUUGAUUUGAAGCUCCUCCCAUCUCUAUCACGCUUGGAAGUAUUUGGGGGAAAAAAACAAAAACAAAAAAAAAAAAAACACAUACAGUGAAGAAAAUAAGUAUUUGAACACCCUGCUAUAUUGCAAGUGCUCCCACUUAGGGGUCUGAAAUUUGUCCACUGUGAGAGAGAUCAUCUAAAAAGAAAAAUCCAGAAAUCGAUUUAUUUGUGUGAUACAGCUCCAAUCAAGUAUUUGAACACCCAAGAAAACCGACGUUAGUAUUUGGUGCGUGCAGUAGCCCUUGUUUGCAAUGACAGAGGUCAAACGUUUCCUGUCGUUGUUCACCAGGUUUGCGCACACUGCAGGAGGGAUUUUGGCCCCACUCCUCCACACAGAUCUUCUCUAGAUUAGACGGGUUUCUGGACUGUCGCUGAGAAACAUGAAGUUUCAGCUCCCUCCAAAGAUUUUCUAUUGGGUUUCAGUCUGGAGACUGGCGAGGCCACGCCAGAACCUUGGUACGCUUCUUCCGGAGCCACUCCUCGGUUUUCCUGGCCGUGUGUUUUCAAAUACUUCUUUUUCUUCGCUGUACACACACAGUUGUCUGAAUCCUUUU